GGUAGGAUGUGCGUGUGAGGCGCCAGAUGCGGUCUCCCUGAUCACCAACCAUGGCGCGGGGGAGUUCUUCAGAAAAUCAUUAGAUGGUGAGGUUGGUACUUGGUACUUUCCUAGUUAGUUAUUUUCUUUGUGUCAAUCGCGCGUUCAGAGGAGAGUAAAAUAAGACUCUGAGAGGAAGCGAAAUCAAAGUAAAUAGGCCGAAGGAUGGGCGAGGUCGAUGAGGAUUUGCUUCUCAAAAACUUCUUUGCCGAGGUCAGCGAAGUCGAAAGGGAUAACGAGGUUCUCAGGAUUCUUUCAUGUUUCAAAUUAAAUCCAUUUGAGUAUCUUAACCUUCCUUUCAAUUCAACACCUGAUGAUAUGAAAAAGCAAUAUAGAAAGUUAUCUUUGCUGGUUCACCCUGACAAAUGUAAGCAUCCACAAGCAAAGGAGGCAUUUGCAGCAUUGGCAAAAGCUCAACAAUUAUUACUUGAUCCACAAGAAAGGGAGUAUCUUCUUAGCCAAGUUAAUGCGGCAAAAGAAGAACUUAGAGCAAAGAGGAAGAAGCAGUUGAAGAAAGACACAGCAUCUAAGAUAAAAUCAUUGGUUGAUGAGGGAAAAUAUGAGCAGCAGUAUGAGCAAUCAGAAGAGUUUCAGCAGCAAUUAAAACAGAGAGUGCGAGAACUGUUAACAGAACAUGAGUGGCGCCGGAGAAAAAUGCAAAUGAGGAUAUCAGAAGAGGAAGGGAGACUGAAGAAGGAAGAAGAAGAAACCAAAGAAAUGUGGAAGAGAAAGCGUGAGCAUGAGGAGCAGUGGGAAGACACACGAGAGCAGAGGGUUUCCAGCUGGAGAGAUUUCAUGAAGACAGGAAAGAAGGUUAAGAAAGGAGAGAUUCGACCUCCAAAGCUUAAGACUGAAGACCCCAACAAAUCAUACGUUCAAAGGCCGGUGAAGCGAGGGUAAAGCCGUAAAGGACACAAUCAGAUUGAUCUUUGGUUGUGGCUGGACUAGCAGUAGUUUGGGGAUCAGAAGACAUUCCGUGAAUGAAAAAUGUAUAUCAACCAUGUCAUAGGAGUUGAGAAGGUUAUUAUUUUUUGCUAUAUAUGCAAUCUUUUUGGAACUUCUGUCUCCAUCUGACAAGGCUAACAGGAACCCCUGUAAGGGGCUUCUAAUCUUAAUGAAAUGGUCCAUUAAAAAAGAGAGUUGUGUUUUAAUUCUCUCUCUCAUUGGAAUGCAAAUUACAUUCUUAAA